AUGGGAACCGGGGAGUCAAAAAUGAACGACGAUCUCGUGCUGGAGGAAGAAGAUGAUGAUUCACUGACCGACGCGCUUCGGUCGAAUCUGACGAGAUUGAUCGCCUACGCUAAGAGCGCGGAUCCUAGUCUCCAACGACAGGUGGCGGAGAAACUAGCCAAUGAAGCAGUUAAACCAAGCCGACAAGCUCAGAUCGUCCAGCUAGGUGGCCUGAAGCUUCUCCUGCCCCUGACCCAGUCAAAGGAUGUGGAAGUUCAACGAUUGGCCGUCCACGCCUUGGCCAACCUCUCUGUCGACGCGGCGAAUCAGGAAGUCAUGGCCGAUGAGGGAGGAGUCGAUAUGUUGGUGGAAAUGUUAGCAUCCACGCACCCGCAUCUGCAGCGGCAAGCCUCGAAAGCAUUGGCAAAUCUGGGCGUCAACACUAGAAAUAAGGAGCGGAUCUGCAAGGCGGGAGGCGUAGGUCCGUUGGUGAAGCUCGCCGAUUCAAAGAGUCCGGGGGUGGCUGUGGAAGCCGUCGCCGCUCUGGCCAACUUAGCGGUUAACGACGAAAGUGAGCUCCAAAUAGUACGAGAAGGAGGACUGGCCCCAAUACUUGAAGGGGCCACCUCAUCCAACGUUGAACUCCAGUCUCAGUGCGCGCGGGCAUUGCGCAACCUCUCCGUCAACCCCUCGAACAAGAGCCGUAUCCUGGACAUGGGUGGUCAGGAGAUCUUGUCGACGUUGAGUCGAUCGUCAAACAAAAAGAUUAGACAGCAAGCGACCAAAGCGAUGGCAAACUUAGACUCAGCCUUGUCGACCAGGAAGUGA